UAAAAAAAUAUUAGAUUCCGUUUUCUAUUUAUCGUAAUAACAAAAUAAGACUCUUGAUACUAGCAAAAACGAUGUUGCCAAAUUUAACCAUGUAUCUAAAGUAGGCUGUGACUCUAUGACUGUAGAAGAUAUAUCCAUUUAUUAUACGCUGUUCAUUAUACGUUUCAUAAACGGUGGUGUCAGAUAGAAUUGAUCGUUUUGCUUCACGUUCUGUUCCAGAAAUUUCUAAUAAAUCCUUUCAGUGAAAUUUUCCAUAAAAAUUUAUUUUGUUUUAUACAUUUUAAGUGUUUACGUUAUUCUAUUUUUAAUUAUCGAUCGUAAUCUUUUUCACAAAUAUUCUGUUUUUCAAAAUGUCCUUUUUCGGAUCAUUGAUGAGUGAUCUCGACGAUGAUCCUAUUUUUGGAUCUCAUAUUCAAUCUAUGAGACAUAUGAAUAAUAUGAUGAAUUCAUUAUUUAAUGACCCAUUUGGUAUGAUGGGUCAUCCUAGCCAUAAUGCUAUUGCACAUGGUAAUCAUAGGAAUCGAAAUCAUCAGGAUGAUCUUCAAGUAUUGCCAUUUGGAUUUCCACCAUUACCAUCAUUUAAUAUGGGCAAUAUAUUCUCAAAUUUUGAUAAUAUGACAUCAAGUGGAAAUUGUCAUUCUUUUGUAUCAAAUUCUGUAAUGACAUUUGGUAGUGAUGGUCGUCCACAGGUUUAUGAGGAAACCACAUCCACAACAACUGCUCCAGGUGGAGUAAAAGAAACAAAAACAACAGUCUGUGAUUCUCGUACUGGAAAAAAAAAGAUGGCUAUUGAACAUCAUAUUGGAGAUAGAGCACAUAUUUUAGAAAGAGAACAAAAUAUUCAUAGUGGUGAACAAGAGGAACAUCAGGAAUUUAUUAAUCUUGAUGAAGAAGAAGCAGAGAGUUUCAAUAAAGAAUGGGAAUCACGUGUUCGCCAUUACCAUCAUGGAAAUCAUUAUGGUAUCCAUGGUCAUCGAAAUAGAUUUGAUCAUAGACAGUUGGCUUUACCUGAUCCAUCAGGAAGUGUACAUAAGAAAACCAGAAGACGAACCAGUAAAAAAAAGUGAAUGAAGAAAAAGGAUCUCAUCAUAUUAAAUAUCAUUUUAUCUUACUUUCUGCAUUCCCUGCCAAAAUUUUGUAUCAAACAUUCAAAUAAAAACAUUUAAGUUUUAAUUU